UCAUUAGAGCUGUGUUUGGAGGGCUGCACUGAUGGCGGACUACAUCUGAACCUGACAGCUACACUGUGGUGAAUAGCUCAAAAGAUUCAAAAAUCUGGGAGAAAGUGCCAAGAAGACAGGAGUCUAAGGUUGCGAGUGUCUGACAGUAGAUAAYCCAAAGAGAGAGAGAGAGAGAAACUUUGAAGAUGACACCUGCCAGUUUGGUGUUAGGCUGGUUCCUGCUCGCUGUGAGGACAGUCAACUCUGCUGUGUAUCUGGACCCUGAGGAAGAGGGGUCAGGGGGACAGGAUGUAUUUGUAGUCCCUCUGACUCCUUCCUCUCGCCAAGAGCUGAAUGAAACUGUCCUCUGCACCAAUGARCUGAUGAAGGUGGUCAUUCCCAGUGCCUUCUUCCUCAACAAAGUGCCACCCGUUUAUGUCUGGGAUUUGCACCUAAAUGACCCGGAAUGCCGUGGUGUUGAGAUUGGAGAUGACUAUGUCUUCAGCAUCAAGACUAAUCUCUCUGACUGUGGGACGAUCCUGGCAUCAGAUGAUACACAUAUUAUGUUCAUAAACACCAUACGCAACAACGAUUUGGAUGUCGUCACAAGGAACUACAUCAACAUCACGUUCGUCUGCCGUUACCCAAUAAACUACAUGGUYCAGCAGCCCAAUGGGGAAAACAUGAUCAGAGUGGAUGUCAAGACCAUCACUCUGAACACAGAAGAUGGGAACUUCUCUGUGUCCAUGCUGCUUUAUAAAGACGAAGACUUUGAGGACAAGUGGACCACUGUGCCCUCCCUGACCCUGGACGACAACAUCUACGUUAAAGUGUUGAUGAUACCGGCUCAUCUUUUGCUGCGUGUGGAGAGAUGCUGGGCUACCCCAACCAACGACCCGUACAGCAACAUCCAGUACACCUUCAUCAAGGACAGCUGCCCCGUUUUGUCAAACGAACCGUUGACAGUGCUGAAGAAUGGACAGGGGCCAGAGGCUAUGUUCAGGAUACAAAUGUUCAAGUUCGUGGGUAGCUCUUACAAGGAUGUGUUUCUCCACUGCAAUGUUCAGAUCUGUCACAACACACUUGGGGUCUGUCAGCCUAACUGUUCUGGUGAGGAUAACAAUGGGCGGAUGAGAAGAGAUGUCACUACGGCCCAUACAGUAUCUUAUGGACCAAUCAGGCGACGUCUGCCUGAGAGUGACCAACCCAGCCUGAACUCUGGAGGUGUCCCCUCAGUGGAGACCUUUGUCCUGGGAGGCCUACUUGUGGUCCUGCUGCUGUUCACUGGAGUGUUUGGGAGGCUGUGGCUGCGAACCAGACGCUCCUACCCAACACAGGAGGCUCAGCUCACCUUGUCCAACAUACACCACAACUCAGAGGUCGCCCGCUGAUCUAACCCAGCAGUUCAAGCAAUGAAAACUGAUAUGAACCGGUACACGCAGACACACAGAUUAAAGCAUGCACAGGCAUGCAUGCACACAUAAACACACAUUACAUUUCUGCAUAAGGAAAGAGGAAAGUAUGAAUUGACUGUAGUUUGGGGUGUAAAUAAAAUCUCACUGUAGAAAUUAGAGGGAUUUUGAAGAUGUAAAUGAGAACAUGUCUCUGCAAGGAGUGUUCUGUGUUUUUUUGUAGAGAAAAAUAAAGGUAUUUCAAAGAGCU